UCAAGACGUCAAAAAGAGAGAAGAAAUCAAGAAACUGAAACGCAAGUAACCAAUGCACUUGCAAAUUGCAAUCUAAUUCACUCAGGAAAAAAAAUCAUCUAAUCCAGGCCGGCGACACCGAAUAGUUUUGUAUCUGCUUUGGCAAAGUCUGUACAAUCGAGGUGAGAGACUGUGGCCACCAGAUUUGAGCGCAUUGCAUGAUUUACACCGCAUGUUUGCCUGCCCCAAUCUGCCUGUUUUGCCGCAGCAGCAUUGCCAAGCUAAUGGUUUCCAAGGGUAAAACGGAGAGAAAGUCGGACAGGGAGAUCAACUCUUCAAAGAUGAGGAGGUUGGGGAGAUCAAACUUCAAUGAUGGCAGCAGCAGCUUCUAGGGUUUGUCAGCUGCUGGUUCAUUUUCGAAGAUGGGUGGCUGUGGUUCAGGGAGGAUUGUUGCUGAUAGCAACGUUUGGAACGCUAUCAGCUCUAGCACUCAGUAUAGGGAGGAUUACUUCUCGAAGGAAUACAGAGAGGAUGGAAGACCAAUCCUCUUAGCUCUCAGAUGGUGAGAACGAUCGCCGAUGGAGCAAAUGACAGACUGGGAGAUGUACGGGGUCACCUGUAGAGAAGUGGGAGGGUAAAAUGGCAGACUGGGAGAGAGAGAAAGGGAGAGAGGGGAGGAGGAGAAAGAAGCAAGGGGGUAAGAAAGAGGUGGCAUGGCAAUUUUCUAUUGGAGGGGUGAUUGAAUGAAUCCUAUCGGAUAAGGGGUGGUUCAAUGAAUCCGGAUCAGCUCCUCAAUCCUCAUAUAGAGCACGGUGCGAAGAGCGCUCUAUGCCUUUGUGUAGGUCCACGAAACCGAAAAAUACAUCUCGUGGUCAUGGUGUAACAUCAUCAUAACCAACAAGCGGACGACCCCAAAUAAGGUGCCAAGUUGCCAUUUGCCAAUAUGCCACAAAACCCUUUCCUAAAAACGUAAAACUUUCAUAGUUUCAUUUUUAUCCAAACAAUACAGUCCCUCCCUCUCCUCUUUAUCUUUUUUUACAACACCCACACCACCACAACCUGAGAGGCUGGGGAUAGAGGCAUAGAGCUGCAGAACUCCUGCUUUUUCAUUGCGUAUCAGAUCGAUCAAAUUAGUUUGCAGAAUAAGAAGACAACAAUGGAAGUGACAAACAGAUACAUAACGAUAAAGCAUCCCAUUGAGCGUGCGCCCAAGGAAUUAGACUUCGAACUCACAACUGCAAUCCUCCCUCUAGUGGUGGAGAAGGGUUCGAACGAUGCUAUAGUAAGAAAUCUUUAUGUAUCCGUCGACCCUUAUCAGCUAAACCGAAUGAAGAAACACAGUUCCUCCCACAAGUCCAUCAACUAUGCGACGGGCAUUUCUCCUGGCCAGGCGAUUGAUGCUUAUGGUGUUGGGAGAGUUGUUGCCUCCGCAAACCCUGAUCUCGAAAAAGAUGAAUUAGUUGCAGGGCUUAUAGGGUGGGAGGAGUACAGCGUGGUUCGAAGCGGUUCCAUGUUAAGCAAGUUGGAUCACCUGAAAUUUCCACUAUCUUAUCACGUCGGAAUUUUAGGGUUUAGUGGGCUUACCGCCUAUGGUGGCUUCUACAAUGUAUGUAAACCCAAGAAAGGGGAGAAAGUGUUUGUAUCAGCUGCUUCCGGGUCAGUUGGAAAUAUUGUUGGACAGUAUGCCAAGCUGUUCGGUUGUUACGUAGUUGGCUGUGCUGGAAGCAAGCAAAAGGUCAUCUAAGUUACAUUGGUUUAUUCUUGUUUUAGCCUCUAUUUGUGAGUAGGGGUGUUCAUAGUCUGGUUUGGUGCAGUUUUGAGAAGAUCUCAAACCAAUUACGGCUUGAGAAAUUUAGAAACCAAAUCAAACCAUCUUGGCAUGAAAACUAAAUUACACCAAACCGUUUUAUUAUAUAGUUUGGUGUGGUUUUUAAUGCGGUUUGGGGAUUUUGGGUCA